AACCCUUCGCUGGUUCCCCACUCACCUUCUUGCUCUGCCCGCCCGUCGCCCCUGCAGGAGACCAUGGCGCUUACCUGCCUCCUCGUCGUCGUCCUCGGAGCCGCAUUGCCUCUACUCUUCUUCUCCCCUGCAGAGGCGGGUGUGGUGGGAGUGAACUACGGCAGGGUGGCGAACGACCUGCCGGGCCCGGCGUCGGUGGUGCAGCUGCUCAAGCAAAACGGCAUCACCAUGGUGAGGGUGUACGACACAGACCCCAAGGUGCUCACGGCCCUGGCCAACACCGGAAUCAAGGUGAUGGUGAUGCUACCUAACAACAACCUGACCGCCGCGGCCGCGAACCCGUCGUACGCGCUCCAGUGGGCGCGGAGCAACGUGGCGGCGUACUACCCCGCCACGCAGAUCCAUGCCGUCGCCGUGGGGAACGAGGUGUUCCACCGGAGGCCCGACUUGACGCCGCAGCUUGUCCCGGCAAUGACCAACGUGCAGGCGGCGCUGGCGAAGCUGGGGCUAGACGCCGCCGUGAAGGUGUCCACGCCGAUUGCGUUCACCGCACUCAAAGACACAUUCCCGCCGUCCUCAGGCAGGUUCCGGGAGGACAUCGCGCAGUCGGUGAUGAAGCCCAUGCUCGAUUUCCUCCAGCGGACCCACUCCUACCUCUCGAUCAAUCCCUACCCGUUCUUCGCCUACGCCGAUCAGCCAGACAAAAUCUCCCUCGACUACGCCCUGGGGAACUCCAACCCCGGCGUGCGCGACAACAACACCGGCCUCGUGUACUACAGUCUCCUGGAUGCCAUGCUGGACGCUACGUACUUUGCGAUGGAUAAGUUGGGACAAACGGGAUCUCUCAAUGUCAGGCAAUCGAUAGGGAGUCACUCCCACAAAUUGUAUGUUACAGAGACCGGGUGGGCAAGCGGCGGAAAACCCAAACUCGGGAAGACGCCACACAGCGGCGGGAGGCGUUUGGAGGCCGGGGAUGGAUCCCAGGCGGCCUCGGUAGCCAAUGCUCAAGCAUACAACAAUAACGUCAUCAAUCGCGUGCUGUCCGGCAAAACGGGCACCCCGCACCGCCCCCACGCCGACAUGGACGUCUACAUCUUCGCCCUUUUCAACGAGAACCAGAAGGGUGAAGGACCAGACGACAGCGAGAAAAACUUCGGCCUAUUCUACCCGAACGAGACGAAGGUGUACGAGUUCGACUUCCACGGCGGCGGCGCGUUGACGAAGAGCUGGUGCGUGGCGAAUGAGGCGGUCGGGGACGCGAGGCUGCAGGCGGCGCUGGACUAUGCCUGCGGUCACGGCGCGGACUGCAGCGCCAUCCAGCCCGGCGCGCCGUGCUUCGAGCCCAACACCAAGGUCGCGCACGCCUCGUAUGCGUUCAACAGCUACUACCAGCGCAACGGGCGGGCCCGCGGGAGGUGCGACUUCGCCGGCGCUGCCUCCGUCGUAUACCAGGCACCAAAGUAUGGAAACUGCGUUUUUCCAAUCAAGGCCUGAAUUCAACUUGAAGAAGCAACAGCCAAGUCUGAAGGCUAUGCUGCCAUCUGAUCAGUAUAUAUGAUAUUCGUAGGGAUAAACCCAUAUGAUCCUCUACUUUAAAGAGAAGUCCAGUUCUACAGAACUAGAUAAUAUAAAGCCCGGCUCCUGUAAAUCGGUUGCUUCGGCUGUAUUUGCGUCCAGACCAAUAAAGUCAGCUGGCGAUACACCUCGCUCCCCCUUUUUUUGAGGGUCUCUUCCUCUUUCUAACUACCUUCUCAAAUCUCAAUCAGUAAAUGUC